AGCAAACAUAGAGCAACGUGUCUCUGUCAUGGCAGCCACUCCAGGUGGCAGUUUCCUGAGCACUGUCUCCAGUUGAUCACAGCGGGAAGAAGCAGUGCCCCAUCUUCCUCACCCGGACGGGGGAAAUGCUGUGACAGAUGUAUUUAAAGAGACCUGCAGCUGGUCUGUCCUUCUGUCUCUUCUAUUUGGCUUCUUAUUUCACCAACAAGUAUGUCCUGUCUGUCCUGAAAUUCACCUACCCUACCCUUUUUCAAGGGUGGCAGACAUUAGUUGGUGGAUUUCUGCUCCACGUCUCCUGGAAGCUGGGCUGGGUGGAGAUCAGUUGCAGUUCAAGGUCUGAAGUACUGACAUGGCUCCCGGCUUCAGUGCUUUUUGUGGGCAUUAUCUAUGCAGGUUCCAGGGCAUUAUCUAGAUUGCCAAUUCCUGUGUUCCUUACUGUCCACAAUGCAGCAGAAGUUAUAACCUGUGGAUUCCAGAAGUUUGUGCAGAAAGAGCAAACCUCUCUCCUAAAAAUCUGUAGUGUGCUGUUCCUCCUAAUCGCAGCAGGGUGCCUUCCUUUGUUUGACACGCAGUUUGAUCCAGAUGGCUAUUUCUGGGCUCUAAUUCACUUGAUCUGUGUUGGGGUUUACAAAGUCAUUCACAAGUUGUGGAAAACUAGUUCCUUAAGUGAUUUAGACCAACAAUAUAUAAACUAUGUAUUCAGUGUGGUGCUUUUGGCCUCUGUGUCCCAUCCAGCAGGUGAUCUCUUCAGUGCGUUGGACUUUCCAUUUCUGUACUUCUACAGAUUUCACAGCAGCUGCUGUGCCAGUGGACUGUUGGGAUUCUUUCUGAUGUUGCACACAGUGAAGCUAAAAAGCAUCACAUCCUCUUGGCAAUAUGCAGCCUGGAGUUUCCUUGCAAAGGUUACCACAGCUGGUUUAUCACCAUUCAUCUUUGGCAUGACUGUUAAUGUACGAACAGUUUGUUGUUGCGGAGAACAAGAUUCAAACUGUGCUGAGUUCAAGAACAAGCCUUCACAUCAGUCAAAAUUGUCCAUUGACACCAGCAUAUGUGAUCCAAAAAUUCCUGAAUUUUCUUUCCUGUUUCAUCCUUCACAACAAUCCCCAUAGGAAGAACUUUUUUCUCAUGAAAGACUGGAACAAUGAGAUUCUAUUUAAAUUCAAACUAUUAUACUAUCAAAUGAAAAUGUGAAGAGUAACAUCUGGACCAUUUAAAAUAGAUGCACACUACUCUAAUCUGACAGGCAAAAGCCAAGGUCUCCUUUCAGCAUCUGUUAAAGUGCUCCACUGGGGAAGAUGACAACCAGUGACUUCCAGUAGAAAAUACUAAAGGUAAAUGAUUUGUACCCACACCCAUGGGACCAAAUCCAAAAGUGAAUCUACAUAAGUAAAAAAAGACUAAAGGAGGUCUAUGAUGUGGCCCUGAAGGAUUAAGUUACACCAACAUGGAACUCAGACUCUCCCUAGACUCAAAAAACCUGAUUCUCUGUGCCCUGUACUACAUGUAGUCAUGUAUGUGAUGUAGGCAGACGAGGUGCCAACUCAUGCCCAGGCCUCAGGUCUUACUGGACACUGACAGAUGCAUAGCUGGAAACCAGGCUGGUUCAUCUGUAUGUUAUUGCUAAAAUAGAUGUUAAAUUGAUAAGAAUAUGUUUAGACCUGGCUAAAUGCUUGUUGGAUGCUACAUGUAUUGAUCUCACUUACAACGGCUGUAGCCCCGGUAUAAAGUUAUAUUGAGUUUCCACUUAGGGUGACCAGAUGUCCUGAUUUUAUAGGGACAGUCCCGAUUGGGGGGGGGGGGGGGGCUUUUCCUGUAUAGGCACCUAUUAACCCCCAACCCCUUUCCCGAUUUUUUACACUUGCUAUCUGGUCACCCUAACUGUAAACCUCUGUGUAAUUCAAACAGCGGAGAAGCCUUCUCUAAUACAAAUGCUGGCUUCCUACUGAAGAUGUUAAGUUCUUCCCAAUGAGAAAACCUUUGAAACAUCAAAAGAAAAAAAAGAAGUGUUAAUUGCACUUCUCAACCCCCUCCAGGAAAAGGAGACCUACACAUGAACUCAUCCCAUCAGCUUGAAUUCUAGGGGGAAGGGGAUUGAAAAACCCUGACAAGGAGAAACUAGGUUCUUUUUGCUGCUUGGACUCCAAAGGAGCAAGAAUCACUAAGCAUAAGCAAAAGACCUCUGGCGGUUUUGCCUGUGUUAGCCCUAAAAGACAUAUGGAAUUUGCUUAUAGAAGUUUGUGUUAUCUUUUGGAAUCAGACUGCAACUCUUGUGUGUGUGUUACCUGCUUUAACCUUGUAAAUAACUCCCCCCCCCCCCUUUUCCUAGUUAAUAAAUCUUUAGUUUAUUACAUGAUUGACUACAAGCCUUGUCCUUGAGAGAUCUGGGUGCAACUGACCUGGGGCAAGCGACUGGUCCUUUGGGACUGGGAGUAACCUAUGAUUGUGACUUCUGGUAUAAAGGAGCCAUCCAUCUCAAAGACCAGCUUGCUUGGGUGGUAAGAUAGAGUCAUAGACCGGGCACUCUGGUCUAUGUUAAGGCUAUUACAGUGCAUUAGGAGUUCACACUUGUUACUUGGUUGGUGAAAUCUAAUUACAGGUUGGCACUCAUGCUCAUGAGUUACUCCAGACAGUGUGACAACAUACACCAGUGAAAAUGUGUGUAAAAUGCUGUCACUUUGCAUUGAUGCAAAUGCUUACACAAUGUGCAGGGCAAGAGAGAAUCAGGCCAAGUGAGCUUGAUUUUCCACUCCUUUGCACCUAGUGCAGUCCCUGACGCUUGCACAAAGCAAGUAAAAACCUUUUCCAAUGAGAAUUUUACUCCCAUUUGCUGCCUUACUCUGCUUAAUUUUGAACAUGAGUAAAGGUCCACACAAAGAGCCAGGUCCAAAUUAAUUUAUCAGCAUGUAACUUACACCGCUACUUCUUCCUUGUGACAUUCUGUACCCCCAAAGCAACACCCUGGCCCCUCCAUACUUACCAUGGUGAUAUAAUUAUGAUUUAUAUUAAGUAUUCCUUAUGAUGUAUCAUUCUAAAAGUUUCGAUGUGUUGAACACUAAUAUCCUGUUAAGUUGUAUAUGCUAUCAUUGUAUGUGAAGUUAUGAAAUUUUUCUAUGUGUUACCAAAAUAUGUUGUGAAGUUGGAAACAACCACCGGUCUUUCAGGUAUAACGAUGGGGCAGCCAGAAACUGAUGAUGGCCCAUUAAGGGGAAUACACACACUCACAAGGAUUACCCCAGGAACUGUAUGCAAUGGAAACUUCUCAGAAAUAGCACAUAUACAAUGGAGGCUAUUUGACUCAUGUCACAGCGAAAGAUCUUUCCAGCAAGCUGGAAGAAGGUAUAAAAGGGGAAGUGACAUCAUCAUUUGUCUUCCCUCCCCCAAUUCAGUCUUUCUCCAGAUGUGUUUCCAGGUGUUGAAUGGGGCGGGAGGUCCCAGGCUGAAGGGAUUUCCAGUCUGUGUAUGGAAGAUCUGUGACCUGCUUGUAUUGGCUAUCAGGGUGAGACACUGCUUGAUUCAAAUCCUGUCUAGGUUAUAGAACUCUGAUUGCAUUUUUACUUUUAUUUCUUAGGUAAUCCACUUUAUAAAUAGAUUUAAGUGCUUAAUCUGUAUGCGUACUAUCUUUUUGUAGUUAAUAAAUCUGUUUCAUAUUUU